AUGGCGCAAGCGCCAGCACCCAACCCAAUCAAGGAACCAUUUCCCAUCUCCCUCGUCGGUGGUCGCUACCUCCUCUUUGAUGUGGACGUCAUUGCGCACUGCCGUCGCGCGCACAACAUCUGCGGACUCUUGGUGGGCACGAUCCCGAACCUCAGCCAGCAGAACGUUUUUCUGGGCGUACCGCUGGAACUUAUGCCGGAAGAGGCUCGGGUACUCGUCGAUAAAGGCGCUGCGUAUAUCGUGGAUGAUGCGCAGUUUCAUGAAGAGAACUUUGCGAAGAUGAGCAGAGAGGACAGACUCAGGUACAUGGCCGAGAUGGAUAAGAGAGGAGAAGAAGUGGCCAAGGAGCAGAGGGAGGCUGCAGAGAGGAGGAAGGAAAGGGCCCUGCGCGACAAGGGUUUGAAAAUAGACGAGGCCAGUCUUGCUGCAAGCUCGGUGUCUGAACAAACGCUCAAAGUGGAUGACUCGAGUCUCUCAGGCUCCGGUCUGGGCUUCAUCAUGAAAGGAUCUAGCUUCUCCGACUCAUAUACGCCAGUCGAACUCACCAAGGUCGACCCAAGUCCUAGUACCAUCAGCAGUUCCAGUCCUGUUAGCUCAGAAACUAGCACUUCUGAUCUUGCGCAAUCUGGUCUUGGGUUCAUUAUGAAGGGCUCAAGCUUCUCAGAGUCGUGGGUACAGGUCAAGCCACCAAAGGUUGACUCUCCUGCGCCUACGCCUGCGCCUGUUCCUACCUCGAUACCUGCACCUGAAGAGUCUCUCUUCGAACCAGUGUCUGCUCCAACUGAACCUGAAUUGUCCAACAAGAGCAACACCGUGAAAGGUGUUGCAGGUCAGAAGCAUUUCGUCACGCCCACCACCUCAUAUCCACCCCUGGCGACCCCCGCCAAGGAGACUGCAGCCCCUCCCCCAAAGGUACCGGACAGUUACCCAUUGUUCCGGUAUCUGCACUCCAAAGGCUACUAUCACAUGCCUGGUCUGCGCUUUGGUUGUCAUUACAACGUGUACCCUGGCGACCCACUUCGCUAUCACAGUCACUUUGCUGCGACUGGUCUGGGCUGGGACCAGAAGUUUGAGCUUCUGGACGUUGUCGGCGGUGGGCGCCUCGGUACAGGAACGAAGAAGGCUUACAUGAUUGGCGGUGAGGAUCCAGAGAUAGACGCGAAUGAGAAGGAGCCUGUCAGGGCCUUUUCCGUCGAGUGGGCGGCCCUAUAA